AUGGAAGCCCACCGCUCGACCUCCGAGCUGCCAUCGCAGACCUCCAGCGGCCCCGAGUCGUCGCCCGCCGGCACACAGGCUUCCGGCGCUCUCGCGCCACAUACGCCGUACGCGCCCGAGCAGCACCCUUCGGCAGCUCCUGGGCAGCAGCUUGCGCGCACCUCCGAUCCGCAGCAGGAGGAGAGUGCCUCCGAGCUGCACGAACCACCGGCGUGCACGCCUUCUCGAACCGAUCGGCAGCGCAACCAGAAAAAUCGACCCCGCGUGAGCUUCCCGCACGUUGCGGCACAUGCCGCCAGCGACGUCUCGUCUGAGAGCGAGGAGCCUGAUGAAAGCAAUGAUGAUGAAGAUUGGAGCACGGCCGAGUCAGCUGAAGAGGAUAGAGAGGUGACGGGGGACAGCGAGGGAAUCGAAGACGAUGAGCAAGCCGAGGAGGAUAUACGUAUCAAUUUGAUCGAGGUUGAUAUUCACCAGAAGGUGACAGGCCUUAUCAGAGCUGAUAAGUGUGAGCGUCGCUGCCUUCAGGGAAAGGCUCAAGAGCUGCAGUCUCUGCCCAGCUGA